CUACCACACGGAACCAUUUAUGAAUCUACUGAUCGCAUGGAGAAGGUAAUUAUUCCACCAGCGGACCGGAAUGAGGCCAAUUUGCACCCUCGUCUCCGUAUCCAUGAAGUUCUCGAAACAGACCCGGCUAAGGCCUUCGAAGGGACGGUGUCGCUAAACCCAAUGCAAAGCUCUGUGUUUGAAGUAGCUUAUCUUCACCGAGACAACCUUUUGGUAUGUGCACCAACUGGUGCCGGCAAAACGAAUGUUGCCAUGCUGAGUGUUGUCGCCCACUUUCGAGACGUUGGUUUGAUCGCGUCCGAUCGGACUACAGUUCUGGAAACGGGGCGAAAGGUAAUAUACAUAGCUCCUAUGAAAGCGUUGGCUCAAGAAGUGGUGGAAAAGUUUUCCGCCAAACUGAAAGGCUUGCGCUUGACUGUACGAGAGUUGACGGGUGAUAUGCAAUUAACCAGGUUACAAGCCGAAGCAGCACAUGUUAUUGUUACAACACCAGAAAAAUGGGAUGUUGUAACUCGAAAGUCUGGGACUGACGAAAAUGCGCUUGGAAACCAGUGCGGUCUGCUGAUUAUCGACGAAGUCCACUUAUUGGCUGAUGAGCGCGGUGCAGUAAUUGAAUCCGUCGUUUCGCGACUACACCGCUUGGUCGAAAGCCGCCAGAAGCAAGCCCGUAUUGUCGGGCUGUCCGCUACCUUGCCGAAUUAUCAGGACGUUGCAAGCUUUUUAAAGGUACCUGAACGCGGUCUCUUCUUCUUUGGGCCUGAGCAUCGUCCUGUUCCUCUACAGCAACAAUUUAUUGGAGUUUCGGCCGGGACAAAGGACCGAUUUGCCAAAGAAAAACGUAUGAAUGAGAUUUGCUUCGAUGUCGUUUUGGAUUCAUUGCAACGCGGCUAUCAAGUCAUGGUUUUUGUGCAUUCACGGAAAGGGACUGGAGAUACUGCCAAGUCUUUGGCUGAAAUGGCUUCGCAUGAAGGAGUUUUGGAACGGUAUUUUGUAACGGCUGGCAAAGAAGGUUCAAGCGGUGAUGCCUACAGUCGCCACGCCGAAAAGGUCAAGAAAUCUAGAAAUCGUGAAGUGGGGAUGCAUUUUGCUAAUGGUAUGGGGAUACAUCAUGCCGGCAUGCUUCGAGGAGACCGCAAGCUGACUGAACAAGUGUUUAGCGAUGGUGCAAUAAAAGUUCUUGUUUGUACUGCAACUUUAGCAUGGCAAGUGUUUAGAGGGUUUCGUUUGCCAGCACACACAGUUGUGAUAAAAGGAACGGAGGUGUAUAAUCCAGAAAAAGGGGGCGUCGUCGAUUUGAGUAUACUCGAUGUCCAGCAGAUUUUCGGACGAGCCGGUCGUCCCCAAUUUGAUACCUCUGGUGAAGCAACAAUGAUAACCUCGAUAGACGCUUUUCCGCGCUACAUGGAUAAGUUGGUUCGUGCAGUACCAAUCGAGUCUAACUUCAUCAAACAUCUAGCAGAUCAUUUGAACGCUGAGGUCGUCGGUGGUACAGUCACGAACAUUCAGGAAGCUGUGACCUGGUUGACGUAUACAUAUUUGUACACCAGAAUGCGUCGAAACCCAAUUGGCUAUGGAAUUAAAGAGGAUGAAAAAAAUAGCGACCCUAUGCUCAAAGGGCGAUGCAAUGAGCUUGUUCGCGAGGCUGCUAAGCUUCUGGAUUUGAAUCGAAUGAUACGGUACGAUCAGCAGUCCGGUAACCUUUCCGUCGCGGAUCGAGGUCGCGUUGCUGCGCAUUUCUACAUUCAAUCAGAGAGCAUUGCCACCUUUAACGAGAUGUUAGCCAUGACGGACUACUAUACGGACGCAGAUCUGUGCCGGGUUAUCUGCAACGCAACAGAGUUUCGAAAUCUGAAAAUUCGGCAAGAAGAGAUGAGUGAGCUAGAAGAACUAGUCAAAACCGCGUGUCCUUUGCCGCUAAAGGGGGCUGGCAUGGACGACAGGGGGCGAGGGUUGAUUACCGAUGCGUCUGACAAAGCCUUUGUCCUUCUUCAGGCAUACAUCUCUCGGGCAAAGAUAAAAAGCUUCACAUUGAUCACCGAUAUGAACUACAUUGCAUCGAAUGCGAGCCGCGUAGCUCGAGCAGUUUUCGAGAUUUGUCUCAAGCAGAACUCUGCAGGUCCGGCUCUAAAACUUCUUCGCAUUGCCAAGAGUGCUGAUACCAGAAUUUGGUGGUUUCAAACCCCAAUGCGUAUAUUUGAGGACGAAUUUAGUGAAUCAGUGUAUUCGUCAAUUGAAACGAAAAGUGGAGGGAAGGGAUACGAUUCGUUGUACUCGGCUUUGUCUUUGUUGGAUAUGCAGCCCAAAGAAGUCGAGAUAUAUUGCCGGUGGAACAAAAGUAAUAAAGGAGGAAGGGGCGGCGAAAAGAUUCAACGCUUUGUUCGAACUUUACCGAAUUUACAUAUUGAAUGUGAUGUACAACCCGUGACCAGCAGUGUCAUGCGCUUCCACAUUUUGGUGACUCCAAAUUUUGAAUGGAAUGGGCGAUGGCAUGGUGGUGCGCAAUCUUUCUGGUUAUGGGUAGAGGACGGUGAGAACAAUCGCAUCUAUCAUGACGAAUCCAUUCUGUUCGCCAAGCGGACAUUUCCAGAUGCAAUUACUCUCGACCUGUCUAUUCCUGCAUUCGAACCGAUGCCUAGUCAGUAUUUUAUUCGUGCUAUUAGUGAUUCAUGGGUUGGAAGUGAGAUGCUAUUGCCCGUAUCUCUGGAUCACGUACAAAUGGUCAAAGACAAAACACCCAUUACUCCGGUAUACGACCUCUCCCCUGUCCCUGUAACUUCCUUGGCAGAGUGCAAAUAUGAGCAACUGUACCGCAACUUUAAAUGUUUCAAUUCGAUCCAAUCACAGCUUUUCCACGUGCUGUAUCAUACCGAUUCGCCCGUACUGCUGGGUGCUCCAACUGGCUCAGGGAAGACAAUCGUCGCUGAGCUUGCUCUUUUACGAAUGAAACGCAUUUUCCCGAAGGGUAUUUGUGUCUACAUUGCUCCAUUGAAGUCACUUGCUAGAGAACGGCUAAAGGAAUGGAAAAUUCGCCUCGGAUCUGCUCCUCUACGCUGGAAAAUUUUGGAGCUCAGUGGCGACACCCACCACGAUCAAGGUGUGGUCGAAAGCGCUGAUGUACUUGUCUGUACACCAGAAAAAUGGGACCUCAUUUCGAGAGGUUGGCGAUCAUAUGUGAAAGCUGAAGCAAGCGAAAACGCCGGCAAAGCGUUCGUGAAGAGGGUUAAAUUGCUUGUCCUGGACGAAGUUCAUUUGCUUGGCGAAGAAAGGGGAGCUGUCCUGGAAGCGAUUGUGAGUAGAACUAGAUUCAUUUCCCAAUUUGUCGAGGAACAAAACAACGCCAAGACUUCAAAACCGAAAGAAGAUGUCACUAGGAUAAUUGGCCUCUCAACGGCUCUCGCGAAUCCUUUGGAUCUUGCUGACUGGAUUGGAAUUGAUACAAGAAAUACAGGUCCGACUAGAAUGAGAGGUCUUUACAACUUUAGCUCAUCUGUCCGCCCAGUUCCAUUAACUGUUCAUGUUCAAGGGUACCCAGGACGGCACUACUGUCCUCGAAUGGCAACGAUGAACAAGCCCUGCUUUGCCGCCAUCAAAGAGUACUCACCGGCAAAGCCAGUGCUCAUCUUUGUUGCCUCACGGCGCCAAACCAGGCUUACCGCUUUUGACAUCAUCAGCUAUGCAGCGGCUGAGGCGAAUCCAAAACGGUUUUUAAAAUGCAACGAGGAGGUUGUCGACGCAAUCAUCAAUACAGUGAGCGACGAAGCCCUCCGGCAUACUUUAGCAUUCGGAAUCGGUCUUCACCACGCUGGUAUUUCCUCGCAUGAUCGAGACGUUGUGGAAACGAUGUACCUUUCUGGGAAGAUUCAAGUGCUUGUGGCUACCAGUACCCUAGCUUGGGGUGUGAACACUCCGGCACAUUUAGUGAUUGUAAAGGGGACAGAAUAUUUUGACGGCAAAUCGUCCCGAUACGUGGACUACCCCCUUACGGAUGUAUUGCAAAUGAUAGGGAGAGCUGGACGACCGGGUUUCGACGACAGAGGCUCUGCAGUCGUCAUGAGUACUGAAGAUAAGAAGCCGUUUUACAAGAAGUUUCUCUACUCGCCAUUCCCCGUUGAGUCCUGUCUUACAGGACGUAUCCACGAAAAUUUAAAUGCAGAAAUUGCCAGUGGAACCAUUGGGUCAGUUCUUGAGGCCGUGGGUUAUCUUACGUGGACUUUCUACGCCAGAAGAGUCCGGGCAAAUCCGUCUUUUUAUGGUGCACAGUCGAGCAGCGAAGAGGACGUAGAGCAUCUUCUUGUAUCCAUUGUCAAGAGUACAUUGCGAGAUCUCGAGGAUCAAGGGUGCGUUUCGAUUCAAAGCGAUGAAUUAGAAGCACAUGUAACAACCAUGCCCCUUGGUCUGGCUACAUCAAAUUUUUAUUUGCUUUAUAGAACACCAAAGCAAAUGCAAUUUGUCGACGAGAUUUCCUUGGCAUGGAUUUUAUAUGCUCUCGCUUCGACCCAUGAGUUUGAUGAGCUUCCUGUUCGUCACAACGAAGACAUAUUAAAUGAAGAACUCAGCGCAAACGUGCGCUGGGGACCGGAUGUGGACCACUUACUUUCCGGCGAUCAAAGUAACGCAUAUCGGAACCCAGAGAUUUUUAGUGAUCCGCAUACCAAAUGCUUUCUUCUUCUACAAGCACAUCUGGAACAUGCCAAGCUUCCUAUAAGUGACUACGUGAACGACACAAAAAGCGUCGUCGAAAACAUCCCGCGUCUGCUUGCCGCCAUG